AUGGGGCGGUCUCAAGUCAAGUAUCGCGCGACGCACGGCCGCGGCCGCGGGCGAGGAAGAGGCGAAUCGGCAGGCGGACGCGGAGGAGCGUCGGGGAGAGGAAGGCCGUCCCACCUGCGGAGUCUGGGCUCUAACGCCUUUCGCUUCGAGGAGCGCGAGGAGGCGCAAGAUGACGCCCAGCAGACGCAACAAGAGGGCGACUAUGGCGGGCGCACGCAGUUCUUCGCGUCGGAGCAGAACUACAGGGAGCAGAUGGGGGCCGCUCCCGGGGAGUAUUUCCAGAGCCGCGCCAUGAAGCAGUGGGAGGAGAAGGACGACGCGGCAGACGACCAGGCGGCCGUCGGAGUGCUGGACCUGGACUGGAUCGCCUCGCAGUUGGCACUUGUGCCGCCGGAUGCCCGCUACAGGAUCGACCCGAAAUACUGCAUUGACCUGCCAUUCGAGCCGCAGGAUGAGGAAGAGAGUGGAGCUGAGGAAGAAGUUGCUAGCGAGCAGGUGAAUACUGCAAAAACUGCUGCUCCAGUCGCUGCCCCGUCAACUGCAGCUCCAACGCCGCCGAAAUCAGCUCAAGGGGACGCGGAGCUGGACUUCCUGCUCAACCUGAGCGCGUCGACUUCAACUAUGGCCAAGAGUGCACCUGCGCCAGUCGCGCCUGCUGUCACAGCACCAGCUCCGACAAGGACUCCUGCCGAAACGGAGCAACUCGAGGAGUGGCUAGACGACGUCCUGGACAUGUAG